UCAAAAGGGCGAGAUUGCGACGGAAGUACAAGCAACUCGACCGAGGCGUCAUUACAACGAACGACAACGUCUACGGCCAUUGGACUGGUUAAUUAUUGACGUCGCCGCGUAACUUCUACGAGAUGUCUUCAUCAACGGUGCCACCCGAUUGCAAUCAGAUCUCACUGAAGAUUAUAGAAACUGUUAAGCAACAUCCAGUGCUAUAUUGCACUGAAGUGAAGGGAUUGUCAGCUAGAUUACAGGAGUUCAAACAGAAAGUUUGGUGUCGCAUCUCAGAUGAACUCGGAUUAGAUCCGAGUUUUGUGAGAUUAAAAUGGAAAAAUCUUAGAGAUACUUAUUGUCGCAUACUAAAGAUUAAGAAUAAAACAGAAGAGGGUCCAAGGAAGAAAAAAUGGAUUUUUGAAGAUAGUCUAAGUUUUUUAAAGUUUCCAUGCGAAUUGGACUAUCAACCGCAGUGUGUAGAACUGACUGAGGAAUACAUCCAGGAGAUAAACUCAGGUGGAAUAAGUUCUGAAGGUCUAUUAGAACAGUUGGAAGAUCGAAAUGAUGAAGACUACAGUGAAUACUUAGAAGUUCUUGAAGAGACAACGGUUAAUCCAGUUCAAAUAGAAACUGAAACGAUAGAAAUAUUGGACGGUGACGAGCAAUUAAUCGCUCAGAGUAUUGGCGCUGUAGAAGACACAUCGCAACAAGAUAUCGAAACCUAUGUCGAACAGAUACAAACUAAAUAUCGAAAAAUAGGUCCAAAACGUAUAAAAACCGAAUCUUCACCCUCAAAAAUGUCAAGUUCCUACAAUGUAAAAAACUCUUCUUUUAAAGCUCCCAAUUCAAAUUUUUUUGGUGUUACUACAGUAGGUAAUUCUAUUUUCACAACAAAUUCAACAAAUACACCCAUCUCAUCUACGAAGAAAAUGAGCAGUGCAAAGGAUAGCGACACCAAUUUUGAUCAAGUCUAUUUAGCACCUGAGACUAAGACUGGUAUAGAGCUAUUUUUUGACAGCAUGGCGCAGACAGUGAAGAAGUUACCACCAAAGGCACAGGCUGAUAUUAAAAUGAAUAUUUGCAAGAUCGUCACGGAAGCAGAAAUACAAUAUUCCGGUCAAAACAUAUCUCAGGGUACUCGGCAAUUCAUAGCCCCACCUGGUAUGAUACCCAAGCUAGUAUUAAUACCUUGUAAUAUGAUAGAUAAUGAAAAGAGUUCAGAGAUCAAAAACAACAAUGAAGAAGAGAAAUAUAAAAAUUUUGUAGACACAAUUACUCCAGGAGAAAAAAUGCUGAAAGGUUUGAAACAAGAGUGGAAGAACUUCAAAAGAUUAUUAUCACCUAAUAGGGAGUUCUCUGAUUUUCAAACUUUCUGGAAAGGACCGGAGAUAAUUCCUACUCAUUGUGAUAUACUCAUUAUUGGCGGUGGUGCAAUAGGCAGCUCGAUAGCAUACUGGCUAAAGCAGAAGGUUUACAGAGAAGAGUUCAAUGUUGUUGUAGUUGAAAAAGAUCCUACGUAUGCCAAGGCUUCUACAACUCUUUCGGUGGGUGGCUUGCGCCAACAGUUUUCCCUUGAAGAAAAUAUUGAGAUGUCACUGUAUGGUGCAGAGUUCGUGCGAAAUGUUAAUGAACAUUUAGGUAUUCCCGGAGAGCCACCCAUCGAAUUGAAUUAUCAUCCCUACGGCUACUUGGUAUUGGCGACUGAAGCAGGUGCUGAAACUUUAGUGCGAAACUCCAAGCUGCAGAACUCUCUGGGAGCGAAAAACGUAGUUCUCACCGCAGAGAAGCUGAAGCAGAGGUUUCCCUGGUUAAGCACUGACGGAAUCGCGGCAGGCUGCCUCGGACUGGAAAAGGAAGGAUGGUUCGAUCCUUGGUCUUUGUUAUGUGCUUUAAAAAGGAAGGCUACUUAUUUAGGCGUUCAGUAUGUCAACGCCGACGUUAAGGCUUUUCAGUAUGUGCAGGAACCAGGAACUUAUGAACGUGAUAUGACUCCUGCUAAAAAGUUAAACAAUGUAGUUGUCAAAACGAAGGACGGUGAGAUUAAGAAAAUAGAGUUUUCCUCAGUUAUUAUAGCUGCAGGUGCAUUUAGUGGGGACGUAGCUGAAUUGGCUGAUAUCGGAAUGGGCAAAGAUCUAUUAUCUGUACCUUUGCCCGUGGUACCCAGGAAAAGAUAUGUGUAUUGUUUCCACUGUCCUAAUGGACCUGGUUUGAAUACACCUUUAACGAUUGAUCCUUCUGGUGCAUAUUUCAGGCGAGACGGUCUGGGAGGCUGUUAUAUUGCCGGAAAAUCACCAGAAUUCCACGAGGAGCCGUCAAUUGAUAACUUAGAUGUUGAUCAUGAAUUUUUCGACAACCAAAUAUGGCCUCUACUCGCCAACAGAGUACCAGCAUUUGAGAGUUUGAAGAUACAGUCGGCAUGGGCUGGAUAUUACGAGUACAAUACUUUCGACGAAAAUGGUAUUAUUGGUCGGCAUCCUUAUCAUCGUAAUGUGUAUAUAGCAACUGGCUUCAGCGGACACGGUAUCCAAAAAGCACCCGCGGUAGGACGUGCGAUAUCAGAGUUGAUCUUGAACAGACGUUACAUAAGUAUAGACUUGUCUAAGUUAGGUUUCGAAAGAUUCUUAAAAUUGGAACCUAUAAGAGAAGCAAAUGUCUUUUAGAUAUUUUAAUGCUAGUUGAAAGUAAUCUUGUUUUUUUUGUAUUUAAAUGUAUAUAAUUAAAAAGAAUGUAUAAAUACAAUUAUACUUGUAAUAUAUGUGUAAAUAUAAUUAAAAUCUAACGGAUUUAAAAUUUA